UUUUAAGUACAGAUAGACUGUUGUCAAGUUCUCAAACAGCAAACACGAAUAGCCAAGUAAAGCCAGUCAUUACUAACUAAACGCCAAAUAGGUACCUACUGUACUUCAGUUUAUCCGAUAACUCUGUAAUCUAUGCUUCAAUUUGUGACAUUAGUCAUCGCCAAAGAAUUACAUUUUAUUAAUAAUAUCGUAGAUCGUACCUAUUUAAUUUAUAUAUCUGUUAUCAUUCGACAUUGGCUAAAUAUCAAGAACUUUUAGUUUAGAUAUUUCGUCUUUGGCAGUAUGUAUGAAGAGGAUAACUCAUACGAAACUUUGUUAUCCAAGUUUCUUCAAUGAUGUUUUUUGUAGUGUUUUGAUAUUGUUUAUUUGAAAAUGGAUAAUAGUAGUGAGAAUUGUAUAAAAAAAGACGAUGGAAACUCGAAUUCGCCUAAAAAGGAAUUUCCUGCUGGCCUGCAGAAAAUAUGUCUUGUGUGUGGUGACAAAGCCCUUGGUUACAACUUCAAUGCCAUAUCCUGUGAGAGUUGUAAAGCAUUUUUCAGACGUAACGCAUUGACCAGUAAAGAGUUUAAGUGCCCUUUUACAAAUAAUUGUGAAAUUACGGUCGUCACGCGGAGAUUUUGUCAGAAAUGUCGGUUAGCAAAGUGUUUAUCAAUAGGUAUGGUAAAGGAGUUCAUUAUGUCAGAAGAAGACAAAGCAGAGAAAAGAAAGAAGAUAGAAGAGAAUCGUGCGAAAAAGCGACAGCAUCCUUCCCCAGAGGAUGCUGUGUCAAGUUCCAAAAUGUGUAAACGUGAUGAAGACAUAAGGAGUAAUAGUUAUUCACAACACACUCCCGAAUCUGUAGUGCAAUACGAUGUAUUGAAUAGUACCACAUGCAGUCCAAGUAGUACUACUGUACAGUCACCGUUAAGCAAUGAUUUGGACUCAUCUUUACAUUCUCCUCCAAUCUAUUAUACCCCAGUACCAAGUGUACAAAGUAAUGAGCAAUAUACAAUGAAGAUUUACCCCAUUGAUGAGAAAUCUGUGAUAAACAGAACAAUAUAUAAUCAUAGGGUACAGCCAGAGUCUUACAAUAUGUAUGACACUAUGGAAAGUAGUAAUUUAUAUGAAGACCCACCUAAGCAAAAUAGCAUAAGGUCUUUAUUAACAAACGGAGACACCAUGACAUACUCCAGUCCUAAGAUGCAGCAUGUGUGUGAGGAACUACCCUCCACAAGCACUGAUCCUGAUGUGAAUAAAGCCAGGGACAUCUUGCAGGAUGUUGAAAGAAUAGAACCUAAUUCUAUGGAGUCGAUAUUGUGUGAGGCGAUAAAGCUGGAAUUCGAAGCUAACACGUCUGUCAAUGCAUGCAGCGGGUCUUCCAGGGAGUUGAAUGAGGUGGAGCAGGCCAAAUUGAAUGAGCUGAUAGUAGCGAACAAGGCUCACCACACACCGCUCGACGACGACAUAUCACAGCUGAUCGGGGACACCGCCAAACUUAGGGACGGCGACGGCAAACACGACCCACGUCUAAUAACGAUAGUGAACCUUACCGCCGUAGCAAUAAGGCGGUUUAUUAAAAUGGCCAAAAAGAUCAACGCUUUCAAGAACAUGUGCGAAGAAGAUCAGGUAGCUCUCCUUAAAGGUGGGUGUAUAGAGAUGAUGGUUCUACGGGGUACUAUGUCCUACGACGGUCAACGGAAUCAGUGGAAGCUGCCUCACUGCCAAGAGCAAUUCGGUUGCAUACGCUCUGACGUACUUAAGUUGGCCAAAGGCAACAUUUACAAGACGCACGAGUCGUUUAUAGCGACGUUCGACCAGCGCUGGCGGACCGACGAGAACAUAAUCCUGGUCAUGUCGGCGAUAUUGCUAUUCACACCCACCCGGCCUAGGGCGCUGCAUCGGGACGUCAUCAAACUGGAACAGAAUUCCUACUACUACUUAUUACGCAGGUAUCUAGAAAGCAUUUACCCCGGCUGUGAGGCCAAGUCCACUUUUCUAAAACUCAUCCAGAAGAUUCUGGAGUUGAAAAAACUGGCUGAAGAGGUAACUGGAGUAUACCUCGACGUAAACCCUAUAGAGCCCCUACUAAUGGAGAUAUUCGACUUGAAAAACCAUGCAGCAUGAGAGUAAGUAAAUAGACAUAAAACAAAAACUAGGCAUAUCUUUUCCUUAUUCAAAUUGUCACGUUAAGUGUAUAUAAAGUCUGUUUCAAUCAAAUUUACAAUACACAAGGUUUGUAUGAAACACCUUUGUAUGAAAAUUCACCAGUAAUUUCGUUAGUCGAGGUUAGUACUUUUGUAUUGAAAUCUCAAUAUUACCCCUGCAAAUUACUUUCGUACGAAGCCAGAACGGCUCACUAUUUCGUUUUUUAAGCAAUUAUAUUCCACACAUAUGUUAUAACGUGUCCAUAGUAUAUAUGUAGUUGAUCACUAUGCAUGGUGGGAAUGAGGAAAGCUUUUAGUUUGCGUAAUUUUGAAUGUUACAAGAUUAAAAUAUUUACCUUUGGUACCGAUUUGAUUGAAACUGACUUUAAGUGUAUAAUGGUGACAACUCCGGCGUGAUUCUCUAAACUUAAAGCUAAAUUUAACAUAAGUCUCUGUUCUUUAUUCUGUAUAGAGAAUGACAAGGAUACAUUGUUGUUCAAUUAAAUUUUAGGGUCAGUGAAU